AUGUCUUAUUAUUGUUUCGAAACGACAAAAAACCAUCGGCUCAUGAAUCCUUACACUCCAUAUGGUCAACCUUCAUAUCAUCACCCUUCAAAAACCGAAAUUGUCGAGCAGAUUAUUUCUGAAACGAUUGAUGAAGCGACCCAACUCAAAAUAAAAAAAUACACGACUUUACCUUUACCAGAAUUAAUCACACCAAGCGUUAAUGUAAGAACCGUUAAGAAUCCAAGACCGCAAAAUUCUUUUGUUAUCUAUAGAAGAAACGUUCAAGCCGAAAUCGCAAAGGAGAAAGGUACCAAUGCCGCUGGUAGAUUGGAUUUUGUCUCAAAGUUCGCCGCAAAAAAGUGGAAGCAAGAGAAUCAAGAAGUUAAAGAUUUGUAUGGAUUUUUGGCCGUUUGCGCCAAAAAAGUUCACGAUUACAUGUAUCCUGGUUACGUUUAUCAACCAAAGAGACAAGCGACGACAAAUGAACCCAUGAUAAUGGUACAUGAACCAGGCAUAGGAGGUUAUAAACUCAGACCUACUACCAUGCCAACAAUUCAGACCAUUCCAACGCCACCUCAAACUCCUACUCCCUCGUCUUCUCCACGAGCCAUAAGAUAUGAUUCAAGUCCGACCAGUAAUCAUUCGAUGGUGACGUCACCACAUCACACAACUCAACUACCUCCAUUAUAUCAUUCCCCACCGAUGACGAACGCCCCUCAACCAUUACCCUCGUUGACAUCAUCGUCAUCGUUCGGCAAUGAUCGUCGUUUCGUGCGACAUUCGCAAAGAUUUCUACCUCCGCCAACUCUUGACAUAAGCGACAAUGCCAUAUCAACAAAUUUUAUGGCAAAUUACGAUAGGAGUUUGUGCAAGGAAUUCAAUCUGUAUGGCCGAUUGUAA